CAUAUUUCCACAGUUGCUCAUACCUGCCUCCCCAGUGCUGCCCGGAGGCAGCACGUCCGCCAGAUAUCAUGGCAAACGGGUCAGGUAGCGGUGGCACAUCGCUGGCUCCGACGCCAACUCAUCCACACCACUUGUCCCGGGAACCGAGUCGAGAGGACGUAGAAAUGGCCGAGCAACUUAGCCAGUUGAAUCAGGUCCAGGACAACCGGACCUCAAGAAUAACUUCGCCUUCCCAAGCCCGGCAGGCUCCAACGCCGCCACCCCCACAUGCUCCUGAAAUCUACCACUCUCUGGAGGAUGCGCGGCCUAUGCGGGAAAGCGAGCAACCGGAGCAGCCCUCAUUACCAACGACUCCGGCAUCUCUUCCUCAGCCUAGUCUUGGUGCUGGAAAUGCGCUUAUUUCCGGCCAAGUCUGCAGCAACUGCGGAACCACGAAAACACCCUUGUGGCGGCGAUCGCCUGCUGGAGAAACCAUUUGCAAUGCUUGUGGUUUGUACCAGAAGGCGAGGAACCAAUCACGCCCAACUAAUCUCAAGCGUAACACCACAGGGCAGCCCAUUCUCCCCAUCCAUCAAAGUCCAGCAACAGGCCAAGGGCAUGACCGGAGCGCUUCACCAGGAGGCGCAGGCGUCUCGCCGAGACCAGCGACUUAUGUCGCAUCAGAUCACCAAGCCGCUGGAACUUGUCCUGGAGGCGGUAGAUGUAAUGGCAUGGGAGGCCAGCAGGGUUGCGGUGGAUGCCCUGCUUUUAACAAUCGUGUCUCCAAGACGGCACAAUUUGCGCUAGCACAGACGAGUGGCCCUUCUACUACUACUGGAAAUGACAGAGGAGCCCCAGUGGCGACGAACGCGAUCCCGGCUUGCCAAAAUUGCGGGACUACUGUAACACCUCUUUGGAGGAGAGACGAAGCUGGACAUACUAUCUGCAAUGCUUGUGGUCUCUACUAUAAGCUCCAUGGCGCACACCGCCCUGUCGAGAUGAAGAAACAAGAAAUCAAACGCCGGAAACGUAUCGUCCCAGCCGAUGGCAACAGCACACAAGCACCAUCGUCAGUCACCAGUUUCUCGCCCCAACCGCGUUCAAUGCAUACCCCGGCUUUCGAGCACUCGGUGUCACCCGACCCGUCAACCGCAAUUGAGUCGAGCGAACUUCCAUCGGGUAUCAGAGCCCCUGUGCCGGUUGAUUUUACCACCUACCAGGGCAGCGGUGCUCAGCUGGGACCUCCUUCGCCAAGAAAACGUAGCUUGAGCGCCACGCUAGAUGCGGACGAGAAACCUGCGACCCCAGCACCCCACCGACCGAAUCCCAUUUCGUCGAUUCUGAACCCGGCUGCAGCGCACGACACAAACAUUGACCCAUUGCUGUCAAGCCUCUCACAACGAAGUGCAGAUUCUCCAUCCGCUCCGCAAGAAGACAGAUCUGCCCGCAAAGAGAGGCUCAUGCGGGAGAUAGAAGUGAUGAGGCAAGAGCAGGCGAAACGUGAAAGAGAACUGCUGGAACUGGGCGAUGACUGACGAGUGUUGGAAAGAUGCUCAACAUCGGAACAGGCUGUACAACAAUAGAGAGGAGGACCCAAUCCCAUCGACAAAAGUAGAUGUGGACAUGCUACUCUCAUCGGCGUUUUUGGAAAACAUAUCCUUGACCCAUACCAGGGCAUGAACGUUCUUUACGGGACGACUCUUAUGAUCUCAAUGCGGCACAGGUCAGAUGAAAGCGGGGAGUUGCUAAUAUUGUAUAAGAAGCUUUCAAGCGUGGCGUAAGGUUCUAUCGGAGACUGUCAUUACGACAAACAAGGUCGAGAUCGGGAUAUAUAGGAUAUGCGCGAUACCGAUGUGCUGGUCAUCAAAAUGAAUCACAUACGAGUUACGAAU